AACAGCUGUGGUUGUUGCUGUUAGCUGUAGCUGCUGUUAGCUUAGCGGAAAUAGCUCGGUUACACCGGAUCGGACUAUAUCAGCACUGUUUGGACCGGGUCAGCACUGUUUCGCUAUGGGAGCCCACCGCAGUGAGGGAGGCCGGGACUGGCUGGAGCAGGACGGACCGGAGCCGCCGGACCACAGCCCGAAGCCGUGGAACCUGAUGAUCAAACACAGACAGAUCCACAGACGAGGACGGCGCUCACACAUGACGGUCAGCUACACGGAUCCUCAGGUGUCCAUGGACCUGCUGAGGGCGGUGCUUCAGCCCAGCUUCAACAACGACAUCAUGGCCGUGUUCAGGAAGUACCACAAGUUCUUUGAGAAAGCCGCUGAGAACGUGAAGGAGAACGUUGGCGAAGACAUUCAGACCGAUCAGCUGAUCAGAGAGGCCUGCAGGAAUGUUCUGGAACAGGCCAAGCAGCUGUUUCCAGAGGUGGAGGCGAAGAGGGCGGGGCCAGAGGUCACCAUCAAGAGGUCCAGACCAGCUGAUGAAGACUGCGGUCAGAGAGGAAGUCCCCUCCUGAAGAAGAGGAAAAGUCGUCCAGGUGCCGUCGUCUCGUCUGAUCGGCCGCUGAGCUUCUCCUCUCAAGUGAAGCCCAAGUCUGAUCCAAUCAAGAGGGAGGGGCCAAAGUGGGAUCCGUCCAGACUCAAUGACGGCAGCACGUUUGUUCUGGGCUCCAGAGCCAACAAGGCGCUCGGGAUGGGCGGGACCAGAGGGCGGAUCUACAUCAAACACGCCGACCUGUUCAAGUAUGCAGCAGAUGCGAAGGACAAGCAGUGGUUGGCAGAGAGACACCACAUGAGGGCCACAGGAGGGAAGAUGGCGUACCUGCUGAUCGAGGAGGACAUCCAGGAUCUGUCCCGCAGUGAUGAGUACAGGGAUUGUCCGGAUGUCAGGAUGGACGAGAUGAAGCCGUUCUCGGUUCCUCUGUGGAUGGUGGAGAAGAUGCAGCGAGCCAUGGAGGCCCAGAGAGACUCCGACCCAUGAAGGGUCUCCUGGAGUCCUGCAGCCAAUCAGGAGACACUGAUCAUGUGAGCAGUUGGCUCUGAUCUGAUUGGCUCAUUUCAGUUUUCAUUUUAAUGCUGUUUUAUUUUUU